AUACCUCGGGCUGAAGCAAGGCGGUUCAUAAACAAAUAUGAGAAGAGACCAGACAAGAAUCCAAUUCUUCUCCAACUCGCAAAACUGGAUUUCAACAUUGUUCAAGCAACAUAUCUUGAGGAACUAAAAUAUGUCUCCAGGUGGUGGGAAAGAACAUGCCUUGCCAAGAUGUUGUCAUUUGCCAGGGAUAGGCUGGUGGAAUGUUUCUUUUGGAAUAUAGGAGUGCUAUUUGAACCACAAUAUGGAUUUUCACGAAUAGAUGCAACCAAAGUAAAUGUUUUUAUUACAAUUAUGGAUGAUAUAUAUGAUGUGUAUGGUACCUUGGAAGAACUGGAACUUUUUACAUUCAUCAUUGAAAGAUGGGAUGUCAAUGCAAUCGAGCAACUUCCAGAUUACAUGCAAAUUUUCUAUCUAGCACUCAACAACUUCGUCAAUGAAAUGGCUUACGAUGUUCUCAGAGAAAAAGGGAUCGUAAUUAUUCCAUAUUUAAGAAAAGUGUGGACAGAUUUAUGCAAAGCAUACUUUCAAGAGGCAAAAUGGUGCUUGACUGGAUACACCCCAACAAUGGAAGAGUAUAUGGAAAACGCAUUGAUUUCAAUAUCAGCUCAUGUAAUAUUGUCACACUCUUUUUUCUCUGUUACCAAUCCAAUAGAGAAAGAAGCCAUUCAGUGCUUAGAGAAAUAUCCUGAUAUAGUUCGUUGGUCGGCUACGAUUUUAAGGCUUGCAGAUGAUUUAGCAACAUCAUCGGAUGAAUUGGAAAGAGGCGACGUUCCUAAAUCAAUACAAUGUUACAUGAAUGAGACUGGUGCUUCCGAAGAUGAGUCACGCAAACACAUAAGGUUUUUGAUAUGCGAGACCUGGAAAAAGAUUAACAAAGGUCGAGAUGCAAAUUGUCCAUUCUCACAAACAUUCAUUGAAAUUGCAGUGAAUCUUGCUCGAAUGGCACAAUACAUGUACCAGUAUGGAGAUGGACAUGGAAUUCAAAAUCAUGAAACUAAAGAUCGCAUUUUAGCUUUACUAUUUGAGCCCAUUCCCCUCAAGUAGAGUUCGAAAUUCAUUUGUGGUAGGAAUGUUGUUUUCACACUUGCAAGUUGCACUGUAUAUUAACUAUGAUGUCGUGGCCAAACAUAUCAUGUAAUCCAUGUUUGUUACAAAAAUAAUUGUGAUGAUUGGAGCGAA